AUGGACGCAGCUGCACAGCCGCUCUUCCCCAAUCCCCUCGUGCUGCCCACUGGUCUCGCUCUCGAGACAUGUUUCGCGCCUGCGUCGCUUGACGGUGCUGAUGAUUAUGACGGGGCCACUGCACCGCGCUCUGCUCUAGGUAGCAAGCUGGCAGUAUGUCUACACCCAUGGUCGCGUCUGGGUGGCAACAUGUAUGAUCCUAUACUUGAAACACUCGUUCAUCCAUUGACACGCAACGGAUACCAUGUCUUGCGAUACAACGCGCGGGGCGUGGGCGACUCGUCUGGAGCUGCUUCGUUCACGGGCUUUCAAGAGGCCCAGGAUUUGAAGGAGCUCGUGCAAUACGCCGUUGCAAGGCUCGGUGGCGUCCAGGAGCUGCUUCUCGUCGGGUAUUCUCAUGGCUCUCUCAUAACGUCCUUUCACUCCCCGCUUCCUUUACCGACGCGAACGUCGCAUAUACUCCUAUCCUACCCGUUCGGCCCGCGGCAGUUCCUCACAGCGUUCAACUCUGGAAAGUACCAGGACGCUAUCGAGACUCUCUUGAAGGACGCGGGUGCUAGAGUCCUCAUCGUCUAUGGGGACGCGGAUGAGUUUACGAGCGCUUCCUCGUAUACAGGGUGGAUCGAGCGCCUCAGGAACGUCGCGAGUACAGGCAUGGGAAGCGAAGAAGGUACCGUUCGGGAGAGGAUGCAAAUCGAGUGCGUGGCGGGCGCCACGCACUUCUGGACGGGCCAGUCGCGGGGAGAGUUGGUCCGCGUAGUCAAGGCGUUCCUCGACGAGGGUUCCUACUCCAGAUAA